CGCCGACCGCCGCGCCCCGCCCCGCAGCCGCCACGGCUGCUGCUAUUGCUCCUCCGGCCGCGGCCGCUGCCGUCGCUCCAGCACCGCCGCCCUCACCGCCCUCACCCCUCCCCAGUGCCGCCGUAAAACCAGCCCGCGGCCGCCGAGCGAGCCCGACACUGCGCGACAGUGCGUGCGCGCGCACGCGGAAGGACGGCGACGCGCUUUACAGCAGUGGCGUGAGCACACGUCUUCGUCCGGGACCUCAGUUGGCACGUGGCGCCCGCGGAGUCACCUUGUUCCUGCUGCUGUGUGGCCUGCCGUCUCUCCGCUGCCAGCAUGAAACGGCCGAAGUUAAAGAAAGCGAGUAAACGCAUGACUUGCCAUAAACGGUAUAAAAUUCAGAAAAAGGUUCGAGAGCACCAUCGAAAACUGAGGAAGGAGGCCAAAAAACGGGGUCACAAGAAGCCUAGGAAAGACCCCGGAAUUCCUAAUAGUGCUCCUUUUAAGGAGGCACUUCUUCGGGAAGCUGAGCUAAGAAAACAGCAGCUUGAAGAACUAAAACAGCAACAGAAACUUGAUAGGCAGAAGGAACAAGACAAGAAAAGAAAACUUGAAACUGACCCUGCUGAUGAGCCAUCUAAUAUUGAAUCUGUGGAGGAAUUUGGACAAAGCAAAACUAAGAGAGCCAAGCUGACCAAACAGAAUCCAAAGGCAGUACAUUGUCAGGAACUUAAAAAGGUGAUUGAGGCCUCAGAUGUUUUACUAGAGGUGUUAGAUGCCAGAGAUCCUCUUGGUUGCAGAUGUCCUCAGGUAGAAGAGGUGAUUGUCAAGAGUGGGCAUAAAAAGCUGGUACUCAUACUAAAUAAAUCAGAUCUAAUACCAAAGGAGAAUUUGGAGAAGUGGCUGAAUUAUUUGACAAAAGAAUUGCCAACUGUAGUGUUCAAAGCCUCAACAAAUCCAAAGGAUAGAAGGAGAAUAAGCAAGGUGAAGGUAAAGAGGAAAGCUGUCUCACCGAAAAGCAGUUUCUGCUUUGGCAAAGAGGGUCUUUGUAAACUUCUUGAAGGUUUUCAGGAGACUUAUGGCAAGCCUAUCCAGGUGGGAGUAAUUGGUUUCCCAAAUGUGGGGAAAAGCAGCAUUAUUAAUAGCUUAAAACGUGAACGAGUAUGUAACGUUGGUAUAUCCAUGGGGCUUACAAGGAGUAUGCAGGCUGUUCCCUUGGACAAACAGAUCACAAUUUUAGAUAGCCCAAGUUUCAUUGUGUCACCACUCAACUCCCCCACGGCCCUUGCUCUACGAAGUCCAGCAAGUAUUGAGGUAGUAAAGCCACUGGAGGCUGCCAGUGCCAUCCUGUCCCAGGCUGAUGCUAGACAGGUAAUUCUAAAAUACAAUGUCCCAGACUAUAAGAAUUCUCUAGAAUUUUUUACUAAUCUUGCUCAAAGAAGAGGACUGCACCAAAAAGGUGGAAGCCCAAACGUUGAACGUGCUGCCAAAUUGCUGUGGUCCGAGUGGACAGGUGCUUCAUUAGGUUACUAUUGCCAGCCCCCUGCAUCCUGGACUCUUUCUCCACAUUUUAAUGAAAGUAUUGUGGCAGAUAUGAAAGGGGGCUUUAAUCUGGAAGAACUGGACAAGAACAAUGCACACAGCAUACAAGUCAUCCAGGGCCCUUGUUCAGCCAAUAGCAUCCUUUUCUGGUCUUUGGGUCUGACAAAUGGAAUAACAGAGGAGAAAGACAUACAAGAAUUGCCAAAACAGAGGGGAGAGAGGAAACAAGAGGAAACCGAGGAUGACAAAGAGAAGGAAAAGAUCUCAGAAAUGUCCCAUAUAGAAGAAACAAAAGAGGAGGCACUACCAGAGGAAUCUAGUAUUGCAGGUGAACCAUCUACAAGAUCUCUUACUAUCUUGGAUGAAAAGACCAAAGAGGAUGAUGCUUAUGACUUCAGCAGAGAUUUUGUAUAACUCAUCCUUUCAUGUGGAUCUUAACAUUUAAGGCAAACUGCUACAAUGUUUUGCUAUGUCAUACACACCAAAAUUUGGUAUGUUUAAAUUUUGAGAAUGAGUAUCAUGUACACAUUAAAGCAAUUAAACAAUUUA